AUGUCAGAAUCCGCUCCCCCCACCGAGAAGAAGGAAAAUGCUCCCCCGUCGUCUGUUAGUUCGGAGGCCUCGGAUAUCCUUGAUUUGAGAGACGAUGAAGGCUGGGAAGAUGCCGAGCCAGAUGAGGAAGAGUCGCAAUUCAUCUCCUUGUUGGAUGACGAAGUUUUCACAGAUAUUAUGUCUAUGCUGAACCACUGCAAAGACAAGUACAGUUUUGAUUUUCUCGAGGUUCGCCAAAAGUUAGGCUUAGACUUCUAUGGCAAUAUCAAGCUCGUCAACUACAUUCGGUCCCAGGUACAUAACGGGCUUCCCAUUCCAUCGGAUAUUUCAAGGAAAGAUUUCGAUGACGAGGCUUUUCUAAAGCCUGUCCUAGAAGAUGAUGCGUUGCUAUUCAGCCUCGAUGAUCUUCCGGACAUAGUUGAGGCUCCCCACGAUGCUCAUGAUAAGGGCAAAGGCGUGGAAAAGGAUCCAAGAGAACUUAUUUCCCGCGUGUCAGAGCUAGAAGAAGAAUUACGGAAGAUUAAAUUCCAAUUUGAUGGCUACCGAGCCACCGUCAAGGAGACACUAGACAAGAAGUGGGAUGAUCAAGGCGCCAGUGGCCAAUCAGGAAGUCCGGAAAAGGAAGAAAAGAGGGAUGAUGAUAGCCAUUAUUUCAGUUCCUACUCCUAUAAUGACAUCCAUGAAACGAUGUUGAAGGACUCUGUCCGUACGGAUGCCUACCGUGACUUUAUCUACAAUAAUAAAUCCCUAUUUGCCGGCAAAACCGUCCUUGAUGUCGGGUGUGGCACAGGCAUCCUCAGCAUGUUCUGUGCCAAAGCCGGCGCCACACGUGUCAUUGCUGUAGACAACUCGGCCAUCAUCGAUAAGGCCCGUGAGAACAUAUUCAACAACGGCUUUGCAGACACUAUCACUUGUCUCAGAGGCAAAAUUGAAGAAGUUACUCUACCAGUCGAUAAAGUCGACAUCAUCGUGAGCGAAUGGAUGGGUUACUGCUUGUUGUACGAGGCUAUGCUGGAUAGCGUCAUUUGGGCCAGGGAUAGAUAUCUCAGGCCAGACGGCCUGAUGGUCCCUAGCCACAUGAAUAUGUGGAUGGCACCGAUUGCCGACCCGGACUAUAUCGCAGAUCACAUUUCUUUCUGGAGAGACGUCUACGGAUUUGAUAUGAAGGCCAUGCAAGCUGGAAUCCACGAGGAUGCUCAAGUCCUUGAUAUGCCAGCUAGCACAUUAUGCGCUGAGCCCUUUCCAUUCAUGCAGCUUGAGCUACAUUCUACGUCUGUGAAGGAUCUUGUCUUCAAAAUAAAGUGGCAAGCAAAACUUAAACAAGAUAUUGACGCGCUAGACGGCUUCAUCAUCUGGUUUGACACUUUCUUCAUGCCUUCGAGAGGAGAUACGUUGCCAGAGGAUGCCAAGGCAGAAGAAUGGGCUUCAUCCGGGAAGAAGGGCACAGCAUUUACCACAGGACCAGGGGGCAAAGUAACUCAUUGGAAGCAAGGUGUUUUACUUAUUGACAACACGGCAAACAAGCCUGCGAGCAGGAAAGCAGGGGAGCAAGUGAGUGGUGAGCUAGAGUAUAGCGUUCCUGAGAACAAUUCUCGGGCAUUAAAUGUUGGCACGACAUGGAAAUUUGAUGGGGAAGGAAAGGAGAACUCCCAGCUAUGGAAGAUGCGAUAA